AUGAUAGAAAGGAAGAUUAACAGUAUAAAGAAGUCUGAUGAAUGGAAACAGUAUAGUCAAUUAGAUUUGGAUAAUUUACAAGAAGCAGAGUCAUGUAUAUUGAAGAUUGAACAAAAGAGAUGGUUUUCUGAAGAGUUAAAAGUUUUAGAUAAUCAGCAAAGAUUAAAGAUGAAGUCAAGUCGUAUCAAACGUCUUGAUCCUGUUUUAGUUAGUGGUCUGAUUAGAGUUGGAGGAAGACUCCAUCGUUCUUCACUCGAGGAUAAAGUUAAACAUCCUUCAAUCUGUGAACAACAACAACUUUACUCUAAGAAGUUAGAUGUUAAUAAAGUUAUAAAGAGUACAGAAUUUGUUUUCACUGAAUUGUUGAACGUCUGA